AUGUUUAAUGAAUUCAAACAAGUCAUGGUUGAUCAACGUCUGAAGUCUAGGUUUAAGAAUUUCUGUUUUGGUGGUUUAUGGGACCUGCCAGAUCAUAUGAAGUUCAACGGACAGCUUGUCCACUAUAUACUUCUUCAUCGAGUUGAACAGGAUAAUAAGCUGCAUGAAAUGUGGUUCUGCAUCAAUGACAGACCUGUAUGUUUUGGCCUGAAGGAGUUUUUGCUAAUCACGGGUUUAAACUGUGGGCGUUAUGCCCAUAAUUCAAAAUAUGUCAAAGCCCUGGAGGAGGGUGAAAUUUUUUUAAAAAAGAUUGAGAAAAAAAAGAGUAUAAAUGCGAAGAGAUUCUUGAAGCUUAUUAGAGGUGGGAGGCUGGACAAGGAGGACAAUUUCAAAUGCUGUUUGGUUUGGUUCGUGCACUGCAUAUUGCUUGCACGUGACUUAUCAAAAAUCGUGGACAUAGACACCAUCAGGAUGGUGGAUAACUUGAGCUUCUUUGAGAGAUAUCCUUGGGGUAAAGAGUCAUUUGCCUUGACUCUAGACUAUCUAAAGAAGCGGAUAAACUUCAGCAGAAAGAAGAAGACAUUUGAGACAAAGAGAGUUUUAUCGUACGCGCUUUACGAAUUUUUAUAG